GUUGAAGUCCAAGUCUAUGUUAAAUUUACCAAGGUUGUGCAACCUUGUAGAGCAGUAGAGGAGAAACAGGGUGUCCUACCAACUCUACAAUUCUAGGCACCUACAUUUCCUGCUCGAGAGGUUGUCCUCACAGAAAUGAUUCCUCCAGGGUUACCCAAAGACUCCUUCCUCAUCUCGAUUUGCUCCCCUUCCUGUCCGCAGGGUUUGACCAUACCCAGAGUGGACCAUCCGAUUGACCAAGCCCACCUGGAGAAGAUGGUGAAAAGGGCAGUCCAGGAGUACUCCUACAAGAACUCGCUAGAACCAACGGCCUACCGGCCAUACAAAUAUUGGGUGUCCCGCGAAGAAGAAAAAUUCAACCCAGUGUUCGUCGGCAACGACAGAUACGCAACGUGGAGGACUGGACCGUACAACAGCGCAGCCUGGAACCGAUAUACCACGUACCUGCCACGGAUCCCCAGGGAGGCUGGCAUGGAUGCCAUUCUGCGUGGGAUGCCCAUGGAGUAUCCCCCGAAGCCUGAGCGACUCAACAAUUACGAACGGGAAGUCGUGGUCAACAUGUUGAACAGCUUGUCUCGGAAGCAGCUUCCGUACGUCCAGCAUCAAUACUCCAUCCCGGGCCGGAUGCCCUACCAGGGGUACUACAGCCCUUGCACCGGCCGCCAUUACUGCUUGCGUGGAAUGGAUUACUACGUAGACGGAGCCCCCUCCACCGAGAGGCAGAUCAGCCAGCUAGUUGAGAAGAUUGUAAGGUUCGGAGGGUUCGGUUCUGCAGCCCCUCUUCCUCCAACUCCUCCUGGGGGGUCUUUUGGGGGUGGGCUCAGGUACCAGUCAGGCACCACAAAUAGGUUUCCUGGGGUCAGGGCAGGAUGCCCCCCUGGAGCUAGAGUUAGGGUCCUUAAUGUGGAGACUUCAAGCUGGAGAGCAACCAACUUUGGUGAAGUUCUCUCUUUGAUCUUCUUGACGUGUCCUUCAAAGACAGGGGCCUCCAAACCUAACCAUUUUUAACACCAUGCUGGCUGAGGAAUUCUGGGAGUUGAAGUUCCACAAGUCUCAAAGCUACCAAGUUUGGAGACCCAGUCUUAAGGUCCCAGGGCAGUUUUUUUCUUGGCUUCAGCAAUGUUAUGACGGACAGACGUGCUGGCUGGGGAAUUCUGGGAGUUGAAGUCCACCCACGUUAAGCCAUGCUGGCUGGGGAAUUCUGGGAGUUGACCCAGUGGAAUUCUGGGACUUGAAUUCCAUCAGUAAAAUCCACCUAUCUUAAAGCUUGCUGGCUGGGGAAUUCUGGGAAUUAAAAUCCACCCAUCUUAAAGGAUGCUGGCUGGGGAAUUCUGGGAGUUGAAGUCCACCCAUGUUAAGGUAUGCUGGCUGGGGAAUUCUGGGAGUUGACCCAGUGGAAUCCUGGGACUUGAAUUCCAUCAGUAAAAUCCACCUAUCUUAAAGCUUGCUGGCUGGGGAAUUCUGGGAAUUAAAAUCCACCCAUCUUAAAGGAUGCUGGCUGGGGAAUUCUGGGAGUUGAAGUCCACC